AUGUAUGUUGACAUCGGAGAAACAAACCACACGGAGCUGGUGAAGAACCGUCCCUGUACAGAAGUCAAGAAGAAGAAGAAGUGGAUGUCUGAGGAGCCAAGAAAUUCACCCAAUACAGUAACAGGCAAAGGAAUUCACACUUCAGACCCCAAAGUAAAACCAAGUUACCAACAAAGGGGUCAAAGUCAGGGUGAUCAAACUGCUGCUUCUCUUCCUUACGUCAGAGAAGCUGGAAGAAAGACUGACUUCAAUUCUUCAGAACCUCGAAGAUCAGCAUAUGUCGUCUACCGUACUGUCACCGUCAACCAAGAACCAAAGUUCAAUGGAUCUACAGCAGCACCUGAGCCAUAUGGCCAGAAAUGCUCCAAACAAAAGAAUCAGCUUGACACAAACAGAAGAUUUUGGACCCAAACCGAAAACUAUGGAUUGAGAGAUGACUUGGCCUUCCACUUUACAUAG